CCACCAGCGGCUUUACGGGCUGGACUAUUUUCACUAUAAUGUCCAUACGUUUAUAUACAACCCUGUGCUGGUAUUUGCGAGAACAUAUUUGAUCGAAAUAAACAAUUAAAAUACUGAGAAAGUAAAGUUAAUCAUUUUUAAUUGGAAAUUGUUUGAAUUGUUUAUAAUUAAAAAUGUCUUAUGGUGGUGGAUAUCCUGGAGGUCAUAAUCCCUACGCUGCACCUCCUGGUGCUUUUCCACCGCAAAAUGCACAAGUGUCUCCCCAAGCACAGCAAUGGUUUAAUAUGGUCGACCGGGAUCGUUCAGGGAAAAUAAAUUCCAGUGAGCUGAAAGCCGCAUUGAUAAAUGGCCGCGGCGAAAACUUUUCAGAUAAUGCUUGCAAAUUAAUGAUUAGUAUGUUUGACAAGGAUGCUAGUGGUAUGAUUGAUAUCUAUGAAUUUGAAAAACUUUAUGAAUACAUAAAUCAGUGGCUAAUGGUUUUUAAAACCUAUGAUAGGGACGGAAGCGGCUACAUUGAUGAAAACGAGCUGGCGCAAGCCUUCACUCAAAUGGGCUUCAGAUUUACACCAGAAUUCAUAAAUUUUCUGGUAAAAAAGAGCGAUCCCAGGGAGCACAAGGAAAUUUCUGUGGAUCAGUUUAUUGUUUUGUGUGUACAGAUUCAACGUUUCACCGAGGCUUUUCGACAAAGAGACUCUCAGCAAAACGGCACUAUAACAAUUGGAUUCGAAGAUUUUCUAAGUAUUGCAAUUGGAUGUUCCUACUGAUGAUAAAAAACAAGUUUAUCUGUAGCAUAAUUCGCUUCAAACGUAUGUUCUUUUCUAUAUAUGUAUGUAUGUAUGCAUACAUAUUCAGGAAAAUAUUUACCGUCAUUCCUCAAAUGUAUUUGUCUGAUAAAACUGCAGUGUUACAUAUAUGUACAAAUCCGUUACUUUAUUAUUCACAAACAUCUGUAUUUAAAGUUUUAAAUUGUUUUGAAUGGUUAUGGUUGUUUAACAGCGUUAUUUUUUCAAAACAGUAAAAUAAAUAAAUAAAUAUUAAGAAAUACAAAAGCCAGAAG